ACCUUUUGAGAGCCACAACAUUGAUGAGGAGCAGACGGAGACAGACAGACAGACAGGCGGAGACAGACAGCGGGGACAGACGGUAGACUUUGACGCGGACGAUGGCGGACUGCGUCGGCUUCCAGGCUCAGAUCGCCUCGAUCGUCGAGAUUCUGGCCAAUUCUGCGGUGGCGGAAAUCUGUAAGCUGGUGGAGGACGGUUACGCGGCGCUGCGCGCUCAGAUGGAGCAGGAGCGAGACAAGAGCGAGAAGGACAAGAGUGCGCUGCGGCAGAAGCUGCGAGACAUGGACGUGAAGAUGAGGAGCUACGAGAGGAAGAUGAGGAGGCGCCUCCAGAGGGAGGAGGGACACGGGGAGCAGGAGGACAAGAGCAGAGGAGCAGCAGCAGGACCUGAAGACCUUCACACUCUUCCUGCCUCCUCUGAAGACAAAUCCUUCCACCACCUUUCAAAGCAGGAGGAAACCAAGCCGCUGCCGCUGGUGAAGCAGGAGAGGGUGGAGCGAGGCGACUGCAACCUGGACCUGAAGGUGGAGGUGAACAUCCGGGCGGAGUGUGGCCUCUCUGCUGCUCUGGAGUCCAGUGAAGAAGCUCCUCCCACUGUUGUGACUGACACCAGUGCCACCCACAUCACCGCCUCCACCAUACUCCCCUCCUCCUCCCCCACUGACGGCACAAUGGAUCUGGCCUGCCAACCUCGAGCCAAGCGUAAAGCCGUCAAGCCUUUGGGCAGCAGUUUGACAGGCGGUGGAGGCGGUGGAGGCGGUGGAGGCGGCGGAGGCGGCGGAGGUGGAGGUGGCCCGGUCCCUGAUGCUGCACACCAGGAACUUGGCGUGACAGAUGGUGCUCUGAAGCCAGAGAUCCAGACUGAUGAUGUCACUGUAGAAGAACUUCACCCCUCUCAAUUGUCGACCCCACUAGCAUCAGAUGAGCCAAGCCCUGAUCGACUCAACAGCCUGGGCCUGGACCUGGCCUGGAUGCAGGAGAGGGUCAGCCAUCUUGGUGCUGCAUACGCGGUGGCACAGUUGGGUUUGGGAAAUGCAGAACAUCCCUCCGCCUCCUUCUCCUCACAGGGAGGAGGAGACAGUUUAGACGGCCCUCCAACCAUGCUCUUCACGGGCGGAGCUCAUGAAAUGGCUGCGUUUGCCGCUUCCUUUGACAUGGCUGCCGCUGCCGCUGCUGCUGCUGUAGCUGCACCACCUCCUCCUCCUCCUCCUCCACCCCCACCAACAGCUCCUUCUGUCACCACAACCAGCCAGAGGCGGCUGUACAGGAGCAGCGCUGCCACCGUUGCUGCUGUUGGUAAAGAGUCUGUGGCGUGCGCGGUGUGCGGCCGUCUCUACCCCAGCGCCGCCGCCCUGGAGCUUCACCAGCGGGUGCACACGGGGGAGAGACCAUUUACCUGCCCUCACUGUGGGAAGGGCUUUGCCCAACCCAACAACCUGCGAGUCCACCUCCUCAUCCACACUGGAGAGAGGCGAUAUCGGUGCACACUGUGUGGGAAGAGCUUCAUCUCGUCCAGCCACCUGAAGCGGCACCGCACGGUCCACACGCAGGAGAAACCGUACAGCUGCGCGCGUUGUGGACAGUCCUUCAGCCAGAUGUGUAGCGUUCGCAGACACCGGCAGCAGUCGCAGUGUGGCCUAUAGACCGAGUGCUGCAGGAAGCAGAUGGAAUCUGAAGCGUGGAUGGUUAGAAUCUCUUCACGUGGGAAUUCAUGCAUCUUUAUGUAAGCACGAACAAAUGUGACAAGACUGAAUCCUGUGAUAUUACGACGUAUGUAGAGUUGAUGUUUGCCUUCAGUCAUAGCAGUAUGUGAACUGUGCUUCAAGGUGGAGCUCGUCUCAACCUUCUCUUUCUCUUUGACCACGUUCAGAUCUGGUAUUGACAUCCGUCCACAGAGAUCCAAUCAACAAGUAGAGGUCGACCAGUAAGCCAAUAUAAAACUUUACAACAAUAGCAUACAUCGAGGAAGUGCAUUCAGUCACUCACUCACCCACUCCUCUUCUACCACGUGAGGGUCGCGGGGGUUACUGAUGCCAAUCUCAGUUGAUAGAGCGAAAGGCGGGGUACACCAUGGACAGGGACACAUAGAGACAAACAAACGUGUGGCCCCUUGAGGAACUGCAAACACACAGGAAUACAUAGAGUUUAUCCCAAAGAGACAAGUGCAACAGAGUGAACACCAGUCUUUUCCAGGUCUCAAAUUAAGUCAGUCCUGGUUUACUCGCUCGGUCAGACAGUUGUUUCCUCUUCCCCACUUCCCCCGACAACGUUUUUAUUUCUUCCUUUUUUGGACUGAUAUGGAGCUGAAAUGGUGGCCGAAGAAACCCUUCAAAAAAAAUGUGGUUUUCAAAAGAAAACGUAGCAGUGUCGAUGAAGCCUCACAAAGAACACUUCUGAAUAUGACCUUAGGUUCUGGAUCGGAUGGCGCAUUCAGAGCGUAUUUUGGCGGGUUCACACCUGAAGACCUGAACACCUGUGAUUGGAUCAUUCAGGAUUGAUGUUGGUACCAGGUCUUUUUUUUAUUUUUUAAAGGAAAGGAUCAGUAAUAUAAAUGAGUGCCUCAGACAGUGUUGACAAAAACACUUAACCCCCCUUUUCUUUGCGUUUACGUACAUACAAGUGUUCUUUUAAAAAGUUUUGGGCCUCAAUCACUGUAGAACGAUUGUUCUCGCAUAAUAUUUCAACGUAAGCUUGGUAUGGCAAAUUUUAAACG